UCUCGUCCCCACCCCGCUCGCUCUGCCCUUUCUGCACUGUCAUCUGCCCCGGAGAGGCUCAGCUCCGGAGUGGACGCUCCGGACUACAAGCCCGGCUCCACCCAGCAGGGAGGGAAAAGAAACAGAUUGGGCAGAAUCCCGUGCCUCACCACCAGCACCGGAGCUCGAAGCCCAAACAUGGGCAACACGCAGGAGCGGCCAUCGGAGACUAUUGACCGGGAACGGAAACGGCUGGUGGAGACUUUGCAGGCUGACUCUGGGCUGCUGCUGGACGCGCUGGUGGCUCGGGGCGUCCUCACGGGGCCCGAGUAUGAAGCCUUGGAUGCGCUGCCUGAUGCAGAGCGCAGGGUGCGCCGCCUGCUGUUGCUGGUGCAGAGCAAGGGCGAGGCAGCCUGCCAGGAGCUACUGCGCUGUGCCCAGCAUACUGUAUGCAUGCCAGACCCCGCCUGGGAUUGGCAGCACGUGGGGCCUGGCUACCGGGACCGCUGUUAUGACCCUCCAUGCCCGGGCCACUGGACGCCUGAGGCACCAAGUUCAGGGACCACAUGUCCUGGGCUGCCCAGAGCUUCAGAGCAAGAGGAGGUCGGAGGUCCCGAGGGCUCUGAGGCAGUGCAAUCUGGAACUCCGGAGGAGCCAGAAAUAGAAGCCGAAGCCUCUGAAGGAGAUGGCCCAGACCUGGAGCAACAAAUGGAUCCAGAGCCAGAGGCUGCAGUAGAACUAGAGGCUGAGCCGGUGCCGGAGCCUGAGCCUGAGCCUGAGGAGCCAGAGCUUGAGCAGGAGCCGGAGCCAGAGCCCGACUUCCAAGAGGAUGAAUCUGAAGAUUCCUGAAGGCCUGAAUCCUGACCUGUCCAAAUCCUACUCAAGCUGGAUAAGACCUGGGAACCUGCCAGAACUUGACCCAAUGCGCCAAGACUCUGCUUACUGCAAAAUGAAUAAACCUGGAAGGGUUAGGCUGGCCCUGACUCUCCAUAACUCUGGCUCUUUGCUCAAGAACUGAGGGUGGGCAUGGGUCUGAAUCCCACUGACCUGAGCACGAUUGUGUGAAAUACUCCCGAACCCCUCAACCACAUUCACUCCCCAAAAUAGCCCAAGCUGUAUAUCUGGAGAUCUUAGGCCCAGGGCCCUCAUGGAAUCUGACCCCUGCCCCACUGCUUUUUUUUUCCUUUCAGGAGCCAUUUGGCAGCCCAUGUAGGUAAGUUUUGCUCUAUGGAAAUCACUAGGCUUGGUGUGUUGAGCAAACGAAGGAGGGUGUCUGUCCACUUGAAAAGGAGUCUGGGAGCUCACAGCAUUGAAGGGGGAACAUGAGAGGGACCUUGAGUAGACUGAGGCCACACACAUCACUGUACUGCUGUUUAAUUAUCCGGCUUUCCUCUGGACUGGAAGUGCGGGGGGAGGGGGGGGAGGGUCUAACCAGUCACAGACAUACACAAGGAGCUCU